AUGGAUGUUUCGCAUGCAUCGAGCUCUUCCCAUACCAAUACGCAGUGGACUGGUAUGGCGUCACAGGAUGAUCAGCGGUUGCGCGAUGUGGGGGUUGCGGCGUUGGCGGCUGUGUCGCAAUAUCCGCACCCUGUCAACGGGGAGAGCGGGUCUUUCCUAGUAUCUCAAGUUGUUGGUGCGGUCUCAGGGAAUAGCAGACCUCGUUUCGAACACGCGGAUCCAACGGUAUUCGGCACUGAGGCGGAGAGCUCGGGAACAGAUCAGCAGCGACAGCAUUUGGGUGCCUUUGACACGGAAAGCAGUAUGAUAUCAGAGUCAGAGUCGUCUUCAAGGUCCCCUGUUCACAAUGGAGAUGUGGAUAUGGAAAGCGUCGUACAGGAACUCAUCGAGCGGACUGUUAGCUGGCAUAAUACCGCGACUAUUGCCAGUGCUCAUGAUUACGGCGACCAGCAGAAGGAUCUGGUAAUGGAUUAUGAACCGACGUUCGAGGAUUAUUCAUCGUCAUCACCUUCUUCAGGACCUGAUGAUGAUAUCGAGGAUUUGAUCAAAUUUUAUCCAGGCGAAGAGAAACAUCUACGCCAAUACCAUUCCUCGCACGUUGCUGAGGCUCCAGCACAUGACGUGAAUCUGGACGAGUUCUAUACUCCAGUAGAUUACGACCCAUUUGAUGCGAAUGCGCAAUCCGAGAUGUCUACACAACAUAGUGAGAUGAUGUCUCUUCCCGAGGAAUCUCUUCCAAUAGAGCCGCCAGUUCCAGUAGAGGACUACCCAAUUGCGCAAACAGAACGUUUCAUGCCGGAUGAGGACUACCCAAUUGCGCCAGCAGAACAUUUCGUGCCGCCUCUUAUUCACACAACCACUUUUGAACGCAAUUAUACGAUUGACGAGUUCAUUCAUCGCUGGAUGGUACAGUCCUUGUUGCCUGCCGGGUUUCGUCCGGAUGGCAGAAUGCCACGACAAUUCCGCCCAAUAUCUCAAAUGAUAGGCUGGGAACCACCUCUACAUAUUCAUCGACCAUCCAAAUCGAAACGCGAUACCUAUGAUCUGCAACAGAUUCCAUGGGCAGAAACACUAAAAGUGAAACGAGCGGACGCGCGCACACUCCGCGAUGCUUGGUACACAUCCUACCAUAAUAUCAGCAAUUCGCAUAUCAGUCAUGCGGGACGAUUGCCCUCCGACGAGGCAUACUUUCGUGCCAAGUCGAUGCAUACCGAACAUAAAGCUUCGAUCGAACAUUUCCAGCUUCGAAAUUUGAUGUCCGUUCCGGCGUACAACACUGUCCACUUCGCUAGUCGAUCAAAAAUCUACUCUUGGACCCCCGCCUACGACGAUUUCCACCCACUGAUUGAUCUGAGUCAAGCGGAUCUGGAUGUGGGAAUCCAACGCCCCGUAAAAAUCUCUACUAUGAAGACUCAACACGGCCUUACCGUUGCAGGCGGAUUUUGUGGCGAGUAUGGCCUACAUUCCUCGAAUGGAGAGGGUGCCGGUGCGCGUGGACUAUUAACGCCUGACUUCAAUGACGGCAUCACAAACCACGUGGAUAUUAUUCGCAAUCGGACUGGCCGAUCGCCGAUCUGCGUGUUUGCAUCGAAUGAUCGACACCUGCGGAUCUUGGACACCGAGACCAACAUUUUUCUUUCCGAUCAGGCACUAUCGCGACCAAUCAAUUGUACCGCAACAUCUCCCGAUAGUCGUCUCCGCGUGGUGAUCGGCGAUUCCCCAGAUGCAUGGAUCAUCGAAGCAGACACCGGCCGCCCGGUCCAUCCUCUCCGCGGCCACCGUGAUUUCGGAUUCGCCUGUGCCUGGUCCCCAGACAUGCGCCACAUCGCCACAAGCAACCAAGACAAAACGGUAAAUAUCUGGGAUGCCCGAACGUGGCGCGUCCUCGCAACGAUCGACUCCGAUGUCGCGGGUUACCGAUCUCUCCGCUUCUCACCCAUAGGUGGUGGUCCACGUACUUUACUUUGUUGUGAACCUGCAGACCGGAUUUCAAUAAUCGACGCCCAACUGUACAAAUCUCGACAGGUCCACGACUUCUUCGGCGAAGUUGGUGGCGCAGACUACUCGCCCGAUGGCAGUGUUGUAUGGGUCGCAAAUACGGACCCCCACUUUGGCGGAUUCAUGCAGUACGAUCGUCGCCAAUGGGGAGCCGGGUACUCUGUGGCUGGUUUACCGAAUGAGUGGCUGAGCGAAGCAGAUCUAGAGGAUGAUGAUCGGUGUGCGCUGAAUGCCCGAGAGAGAAAAUUACGAUUUCUGCGCAAUUUAUCAGAUCGCGAGCAUGACAAAUUCCUGCCAUAG